AUGACAGCAGUAGUCCUCGCCUUCCCAGUGGCUGUCGUGCGGAGAGUGAACCGUAAAGGUUACGCUGUGCUGAUUGUGCCUGCCGAAUUAGGCAGGAGACAAGGUCGCGUGAGGUCUAGGCUUGAGUACACGUAUGGUGUUGUUGCAAUUGACGGAACGCUCGGCCGGGUGCGUCCUGGCAAUGCAACCGAAGCUGCAAUGGAAGCAAAGUUGGUUCUCAAGCUGGCAUAA